UUCAAUCUGGGUUCUUUUUUUUUUUUAAACGAUAUUUCGAUCUUGGAAAGGAUGGAGGGGGGUGGGAAAAGGAGCCUGUUCGUUAGAUCUUGUGCAUUUUAUCUAGGUAUAUGCUAUUGCUGUCGCUAGCAUUCUGGUUUAUUGUUGGCUUUUCAGGGCUGCCCCCCUGUCCUUCCGUCGCCCGUUUCCCAUCGAUGCUUCUGCGUGGCUCUCGUCGUCAGGCAUCUCGACCUCGACCUCAUUUCAACUUAAUGCUUAGUUUGCUCCGUCAUUUUCCUGCCAGUCGACCCAUGUUGACCCCUUCCCACGCAUUCGCCAUAUCUUUUUGUGUACAUCUUUCCCCCCUCGGAGACGGUGCCGUACGGAGAUACGGGGCAUGCGGCCCUUCGAAGUCUGUUAGGAAUGAAUAUUGCCUGAUUCUUAUGUUCUGCUUGGUGUCUUAGCCAUAUGGCUUGAUUUUCGGUCGAUACGGUAUGCGCUUGUGCCUUUAGUCAAGUGACGGAGCAAGUCUAUCGUCGCCCUUGUUUUUGCUUCGGUGUGUGCACAUUCAAGAACGACUGUUUCGAGAGUGCCUUUGCCUUCAACUGUUCAUCUGAGACUCUGCUAAAGUUGGCUC